AGUGCCGCUCUGACAGCCUCUCUGUGUGUGUGUGUGUGUGUGUGUGUGUGUGUGUGUGUGUCUGUUUUUGCAGAGGCUCCAUGCACAGAGAGAGGCGUAAGUUUCUCCGAUCGGCUCUGAAGGAGCUGGCGACUGUUUUAGCCGACCAGCCUGGACUUCUAGGCCCAAAGGCGUUAUUCGUGUUCAUGGCACUGUCGUUCGCCCGAGAUGAAAUCAUCUGGCUGCUACGACACGCAGACAACAUCCAGAAAAAAAGCACUGACGAUUUCAUAGACAAACACAUUGCAGAGCUGAUCUUCUACAUGGAGGAGCUCAGAGCUCACGUCAGGAAGUAUGGCCCUGUGAUGCAGCGAUACUACGUCCAGUACCUGUCUGGGUUCGACGCUGUGGUUCUCAAUGAGAUGGUGCAGAACCUGUCUGUUUGUCCAGAGGAUGAAUCUAUAAUCAUGUCUUCAUUUGUUAACACCAUGACCUCUCUGAGCGUCAAACAAGUGGAAGAUGGAGACGUGUUUGACUUCAGGGGGAUGAGACUGGACUGGUUCAGACUGCAGGCGUACACCAGUGUUUCUAAAGCUAGCCUUGGUAUAGCCGACCACAAGGAGCUCGGCAAGAUGAUGAACACCAUCAUCUUCCACACCAAGAUGGUCGACUCUCUGGUGGAGAUGCUGGUGGAGACAUCAGACUUAUCCAUCUUCUGUUUCUACAGCCGUGCAUUUGAAAAAAUGUUCCAGCAGUGCUUGGAGCUUCCCUCUCAAAGCCGCCACUCCAUCUGCUUCCCUCUGCUUUGCGCACACUUCAUGUCCUGCACACACGAACUCUGUCCUGAAGAGCGUCACCACAUAGGGGACCGAAGCCUGUCGUUGUGCAACAUGUUCCUGGAUGAGAUGGCCAAGCAGGCCAGAAACCUGAUCACCGACAUCUGCACAGAGCAGUGUACGCUCAGCGACCAGCUGCUGCCCAAACACUGUGCUAAAACCAUCAGCCAGGCUGUGAACAAGAAGAGCAAGAAGGCAACAGGAAAGAAGGGGGAGCCAGAGAGGGAAAAACCUGGAGUGGAGAGCAUGAGGAAGAACCGGCUAAUGGUCACCAAUCUGGAUAAACUCCAUACAGCUCUAUCAGAGCUCUGCUUCUCCAUCAACUACGUCCCCAACCUGGUGGUGUGGGAGCACACGUUCACACCCAGAGAGUACCUCACCUCGCACCUGGAGAUCCGAUUCACAAAGUCUAUAGUUGGGAUGACCAUGUACAACCAGGCCACUCAGGAGAUCGCCAAGCCCAGCGAGCUGCUGACCAGCGUCCGGGCUUACAUGACGGUGCUGCAGUCCAUAGAGAAUUACGUCACCAUCGACAUCACCCGAGUUUUCAACAAUGUCCUCUUGCAGCAAACGCAGCACCUGGACAGUCAUGGGGAGCCCACCAUCACCAGCUUAUACACAAACUGGUACUUGGAAACUUUGCUCCGUCAGGUCAGUAACGGACACAUCGCCUACUUCCCCGCCAUGAAGGCCUUCGUCAACCUGCCUACCGAGAACGAACUGACGUUCAAUGCCGAGGAAUACUCUGACAUCUCUGAGAUGCGUUCUCUCUCGGAGUUGUUGGGGCCGUACGGGAUGAAGUUUCUCAGCGAGAGUCUGAUGUGGCACAUCUCAUCACAGGUUGCCGAGUUAAAGAAACUGGUGGUGGAAAACAUGGAGGUGUUGACCCAGAUGAGAACGAGCUUUGACAAACCGGACCACAUGGCUGCACUGUUCAAGAAACUCACUUCUGUGGACAGCGUUCUGAAGAGGAUGACCAUCAUUGGUGUAAUUUUAUCCUUCCGCUCUCUUGCACAGGAAGCUUUGAGAGAUGUGUUGUCUUGCCACAUUCCUUUCCUGGUCAGUUCGGUGGAGGAUUUCAAGGACCACAUCCCCCGAGAGACUGACAUGAAGGUGGCCAUGAAUGUCUACGAGCUGUCCUCUGCUGCCGGUUUACCCUGCGAGAUUGACCCAGCCCUGGUGGUGGCGCUGUCCUCCCAGAAGAGCGAGAACAUCAGUCCAGAGGAGGAGUAUAAAAUCGCAUGUCUGCUGAUGGUGUUUGUGGCCGUUUCCUUGCCGACCCUUGCCAGCAACGUGAUGUCACAGUACAGCCCUGCCAUCGAAGGCCACUGCAACAACAUCCACUGUUUGGCCAAAGCCAUUAAUCAGAUCGCUGCGGCUCUCUUCACCAUCCACAAGGGAAGCAUAGAGGACCGUUUGAAGGAGUUCCUGGCUCUGGCCUCGUCCAGCCUCCUGAAGAUCGGCCAGGAGACGGACAAGAUGACCACACGAAACAGAGAGUCUGUCUACCUGCUGCUGGACAUGGUGAGGGGACGCUGAAGACAGGAGACUGGACAGACGGGCUCCUUCAUUUUAGGCUGCUAGUGAAUUAUUUUAACUGCUCUUUUUGCACUGGGAAAUGAUUAUAUUUAAAAUUUUAUUUAAACAAGAA